AAAGUUAAAGUGGUGUGUGGGGCAGCUGAAGCAGAUGCCAUAUUUAGAGAGUUCCACGCAAGUGACAUUGGCGCACAUUGUGGCCAGAUCAAAACAAGGGAUGCAAUUUCCAAGAGAUGUUACUGGCCCUCCAUGACGUGUGACAUUGAAAAAUGGAUCAACACAGAGGUUUGCCGGCUUUUGGGGGUUAAAAGAAGCCUUUGUGCUCCAUACCACCCCCAGACAAAUGGGUUGGUGGAGAGACUCAACUCUAGCAUUCAGAGAGCCCUGGGGAAGCUCGUGAAAGACAAGGCGAACGAUUGGGAUGAUUAUUUGGACGCAGUUAUGUUCGGCCUACGCACCAAAAAACAAAUCACCACAAAAUUUUCGCCAUACUUCCUCAUGUUCGGGAGGGAGGCGCGAUACCCUUCUGAGGUUGCAGAGAACUUCCAGGUUGAUAAGUCUUUUGAGGAGCUAUACACAGAGGAAGAAGUGAUGUUUGAUUUACAACGGCAGGAGAAAAUAUUAGCCAUUGUACAAAAAAAUCAAGAAAAGGCUCAUCAAAGAACCCAGGCAGCAAAAAACAGGCCUAAAACUAAAUUUCUGCAGGUGGGGGACAUGGUGUGGCGGCAAAAUGUCCGAAGUCAGCAAAGAAAAGGGGGAAAGCUUGACGCUGACUUCCUUGGUCCAUUUUGCAUAACACAAAUUCAGGGGAAAAGUAUUGACCUUGUCAGAACAGAUGAAAAGCCUGUGUAUAAGGUCAAUGCUGAUCAUUUACGAAAAUAUGUGGAGGAAGGCCCUAGAAUACCGGCCAAAUUGAGGACAUGCUCCACAGAUUCCCCUGCUGAAGCCACUCCAAAUACAGCCUCACCUGCCACCACAGCAGUUGAAGAUUCUUCUGCACCUGCCACAGCCAUCACCCCAAACACCAGUGAGACCACCUCAGCCACCUCUGGGUCUACCAAAAGAGGAAUGACACCUGCCCGAGGAUCCCAUGGAAUCCCUGCCAUCUCACAUAAUCCAGAGCAAUAUAUCAAAGAAGCUUGGGGAGGACAGGAUUGUCACAUUCUUUUGUCCAAAAUUGGACGAUACAAAUUGUGGUAUUGGGACAUCAAUCGCACAGGGCCCAACAAGGAACUUGAAAGCGAGGCCAUUUAUCCAGCAGAGCAGCGGCGUCUCGUGCUUGACUCAUUAGGCAACGCUCGCUCUAAAGUACCCAAGUGUUUGGAGUCCACCAGGUCUUUCAUGCGACAGAGGAAUGUUGCACUACCAAAGUGGUCUGCAAACACAGUGCCUCACAGUCUACAAAAAGACAUUACCUCCUGUGGGAUAUUUGUAUUGAAAUAUGCUGAAAAGGUGUUGGCAGAGGAGGCACCCAUUUUUGAUCAUUCUGACCAGGCGGUGGAGGCAUAUCGGAUGGAUGUUGCAAAAACGCUUCUGAAGGAAACUGAUGAUCUCAGUGAGCUCUGCCACUGCUGCGGACAGAAGGAGAUUGGUGGCAGCCCCAAAGGUGAUACCACUGACUGGGGGGGCGGGGCAGCCUACAGAGAGGACGUCCGGAAGUUGGCAGACUGGUGCUCAGAGAACAACCUUGCUCUGAACACCAAGAAAACCAAGAAGAUCAUCGUCGACUUCAGGAAACACAGCACUGACCUAGCCCCCCUCUACAUCAAGGCGCGUGACGUCACCGGAGGAGGGCGACAACGUCUCAAACAGCCCCCAGUCAAAAAGCGGCUCCCUCGUGACGCACGCAUCCAAGUUGGGGGAGGAGGUGGGGGUGCACCUCAGCACUUUCCCAAGGCUGAAAGCAAAAGCGAGUUCCUGGGGAAAACCCCAGGUUCUGUCGCUCAGAGAUGGAUACCUUCUCGAAACAAUAGACGAGAAGUCAGCUUCUCCAACGAGAAAGGGCAGCAUGAUGCAAUCUUCAGAAAAGUGAGAGGCAUACUUAAUAAGUUGACACCUGAGAAGUUUGACAAACUGUGCCUGGAGCUCCUCAAUGUAGGUGUAGAUUCAAAGCUUGUCCUGAAAGGAAUCAUUUUGUUGAUUGUUGACAAAGCCCUUGAAGAACCCAAGUACAGCCAGUUAUAUGCUCAACUAUGUCUCCGCCUGGCAGAAGAUGCACCAAACUUUGAAGAUCCAACAACAGAAACCCCUGCAACAAAAAAGCAGAACACAACAUUCAGGAGACUUCUGAUUUCCAAGCUUCAAGAUGAGUUUGAAAAUCGUGCCAGAAAUGUUGAAGUCUUUGACAAACACGAUGGCCCUCUUACUUCUGAGGAGGAGGAGCAGCGUGCUAUUGCGAAGAUUAAAAUGCUUGGAAAUAUCAAAUUCAUUGGGGAACUUGGAAAACUCCACCUUAUCCAUGAAUCCAUCCUCCAUAAAUGCAUUAAGACACUUCUGGAGAAGAAGAAGAGAGUCCAACUUAAAGAUAUGGGGGAAGACCUGGAGUGCCUCUGUCAGAUAAUGAAGACAAUUGGUCCUAAACUUGAUCAUGAAAGGGCUCGGUCCUUGAUGAAUCAGUACUUCGGCCGCAUGAAGGCCUUGACGAUCAACAAAGAAUUGCCUGCUAGGAUUCGCUUCCUGCUGCAGAACACCGUAGAGCUGCGUGAGAACAACUGGGUGCCACGUAAAGCUUAUGUUGACAAUGGACCAAAGACGAUCAAUCAAGUUCGUCAGGAUGCUGUAAAAGACCUGGGUGUCUUUAUUCCACCUUCAUCUGAUGGCUCGAGAACUGACUUCUUCAUGGAUAGUUCAUUCCUGGAGAGCACUUUUCUUCAGGGCAGGCUCAGAUUUGACAAGGAAACACUUGGUGGGCUGGCUGAUAUGUUUGGCCAAAUGCCUGGAAUUGGCAUCGGCACAGGUCCAGGAGUUAUUCAGGACCACUACUCCCCUACAUUGGGACGCCACCGCUCAAACCCAUUUAAUGGCCAUAUUGCCAUUAGCAACGGUUCUCAUCAGCCUCAGUUUGAUGCAGGAAGCAAGCCUUAUGUCAAGCCCAUGCAGGGGCAAGGUUCACCAGUUUUCAGCCACAAACAGAAUGGUUCUGUCCAGAUGCAGUCCAAGGAUAUGGGUCCACGCUUUUCAAAGAAAGGAAAGCUCAAUGCUGACGAGAUCAGCCUGAGGCCAGCUCAGUCUUUCAUCUUAAGCAAAAAAGUGCCAAAGCUGCAGCCACAGAUGACUAUGAUGCCUCCGAGUGCCCAAGGCUCCUUAAUGGGACAGUCACCACCACAGCUUGGUUUAAAAACCAAUCCUCCACCAAUUCAGGAAAAGCCUGCAAAGCCCAACAAAAAACUGCCUCCGACUAAAGAAGAGCUGCACAAAAUGACGGAGACUCUUGUUGCAGACUAUAUGAACAGCAAGAAUAUCAGCGAGGCACUGGCAGCUGUCAAGGAGAUGAGAGCUCCAAAACACUUUUUGUCUGAGAUGUUGAACAAGAUCGUGGUGGAUUCACUCAGUCGUUCAGAUGACGACAAGGAACUUGUAAGCACUCUAAUUCAUGAACUCUGCACAGAAAGCCUUGUCACCAGUGAAAACGUACUACAGGCUUUUAUUAGUGUUCUGGACCAGUGCCCCAAGAUUGAGGAAGAAAUCCCUUUGGUUAAGUCCUACCUGGCUCAAUUUGCAGCUCGGGCCGUCGUUGCUGACUUGAUCAGCAUUACAGAUUUGGCCCACCAGCUGGAAAACGGCGCCUAUUUCCCCCUCUUCCUGCUCUGUCUGCAGCAGAUGGCCAAGCUCAAGGACCGUGAAUGGCUGAUCGAUCUAUUUCAGAAGAGCACAGUCAACAUGCAGAAGAUGCUACCUGAAAUGGACCAGAACAAGGACAGAAUGCUGGAGAUCCUGGAGGGCAAAGGUCUUGGCUUUCUGUUCCCACUGAUGAAGCUGGAGAAGGAGCUUUUGAAGCAGAUCAAAGUGGAUCCUUCUCCGCAGUCCAUCUACAAAUGGAUCAAAGAUAACAUUUCUCCCAAACUUCACACUGACAAAGGCUUUGUCAACAUCCUCACCACCAGUUUCUUGCAGUACAUCGCCUAUGAGAUCAACCCCGAUGAUGACGAAGAGCAGCUGGCAUCGCCCAGCAAGGAGCAGCUGGAUGAGGAGAAGCAACUCCUGCUGUCCUUCAAGCCGGUCAUGCAGAAGUUCCUGCAUGAGCACAUUGAGCUGCAAGUCAGCGCGCUCUACGCCUUGCAGGUGCACUGCAACGCUAAACACUUCCCUAAAGGCAUGCUCCUGCGCUACUUUGCCUAUUUUUACGACAUGGAAAUCAUCGAAGAAGAAGCCUUCCUGACCUGGAAAGAAGACGUCACCCAAGAGUAUCCAGGAAAAGGAAAAGCCCUGUUUCAUGUGAAUCAGUGGCUCACCUGGCUGGAGACUGCAGAAGAGGAGGAGUCUGAGGAGGAAGAAUACUAAUUAGCUGACUAAGAUCCACAUGUUGGAAAGUGAUUUAUUUUUUACUACUCAGAGUCAGCAACACCACCACUGUUACAAAUCUAUUAACCAGCGUCUGACAUUUUAUCCUUUUUAUUUAAAGAUGUGAUUUUUAAAAUCUUUUUAAAUCGACUUAUCGUAGUGUUGUUGGUGCAAUGUUGGUGGCCGUUGCAGUACACUCAGACCACCUGUUUCACAUGGGGUUGCAGUCAUGAAGUGCUGCCAUCACUUCACUUUAAAGCCGUUUACAAAAUGAGAACAUGCAUUGUAAAGAGACUCUCUUUAGAUGCACUUUGCUGCACAACAUGAGUGGUUGCAAUACUAUCAUACACUUUCCUAAUUUUCAUAUAAAGAGCAAUCUUGAGUUGUAGUAGUUAGCUGCUAUAUAUAUAUAUAUUUAUAUAUAUAUAUAUAUAUAUAUAUAUAUAUAUAUAUAUAUAUA